GGUCGGGGCAGUGCCGUGGCGCCAGAGCCCCGUGGGUGAACGGGGCGCUGGAGGAUGGAUGCGCUGGAGGGACAGAUGUUGGUCAAAAAGGGGUCAACUAUGAUGACAGUUGCCCAGGAUGAGAAGAGUCGAGACAUCUCGCCUACCUGGUGCCUGGCUCGGGCAGGCAGCACGACACCAGCAGGCCAGCUGGAGAUAGCGACUGUGAAGCCGCACGUGAUGAUCCCUGAAUCCCCGAUGGUCCUGAAAGACGAUGUGGAGCUCAUCAAAGCUCAGCUCCAUGCCCAAACCCAGGCUUUUCAGGCAUUGAGCCACUCCAUUACGUUGUUGGAGCAGGAGAGCCACCAGCAGCAGGGUAGGAUCAAGGAGUUGGAAGACGAGGUCCAGUUUGCCGCCCGCUCGCCCCACGGGGAGAUGCUUGAUGGUCUAAUGCAGAAAAGAAUCCAGGAGGUUUGGAAAGCCAUGUCCAAAGAGGUGGAAGGACUCCAGGGUUCCAUGAUCCAGAAGGAAAGCUCCAUAGAGAACCUGUCUCAAGAGGUCCUCAAGAGCAAGAAGUUCCUUUGGGAGGAGCUGGAAGCGGUGCAGGGUGAGCUGCGGCGCAUCCAUCAGAAACUGAAGGACCAGGAAGUUGACAUCACUAGGAACUUGGUCAGCAUUAAGAAAAUGCAAGAGAAUCAAAUAAAGUGCACCAAGUUCCUGACCCAGAUGAGGGUCAGAAUCCCAAGUGAUGCAUCAGAAGCUGUGGAUAAUAAGCCCACGUCUGAAGAACUGAAUGACAUCUGGUCGGCCGUCAACACUCUACGCAAUUCCAUCACCAGUUGCAACACCUGGAAUGACAGGAGGGGAUCUUCGAGAAUGAAAGGCCGGGCAAACCGAAAACAUCGGAAGCUGAGCUCGCCUGGCACCAUUCUCUCUGACUCAGCCCUGCACCAGCACUACAGCAGCCCUGAGUACAGCUCAUAGAAUGAAGAGGAACAGAAAGAGAUUUGAGACCGUGGAGAGAAACUGGGCUGAACUUUUGCCUGUGCAGAUG